GCUGCGCCUAAGCUCAUAAAAGGGAAAAAAGCGUGUGGUGCCCGAGGAGCCGCGAAUCUUCGAACAGGGGCGCGCUCUCGCCGCAGCCCGAGAAGCCUCGGAAGGACUCGCCUCCUCCCGCCCUCGCAGCUCCUAGCACGACGUGCUCGAUUUUCUCGUGGCUGAGUAGGUGCACCCACACACCAUGGCCCUUGUAUCUGCUGACUCUCGAAUCGCAGAACUCCUCACAGAGCUCCAUCAGCUGAUCAAACAAACUCAGGAAGAGCGUUCACGGAGCGAACACAACUUGGUGAAUAUCCAGAAAACCCAUGAGCGGAUGCAGACAGAGAACAAGAUUUCUCCCUAUUACCGGACAAAGCUGCGUGGCCUCUAUACAACUGCCAAGGCUGAUGCAGAGGCAGAAUGCAAGCCUCUUCUCCCCCUCUCCCACCUCAGCAUCCUCCGGAAAGCCCUCGACAAAAUUGCAGAAAUCAAGUCUCUGCUGGAGGAGAGGCGGAUUGCUGCCAAGAUCGCUGGACUCUACAAUGACUCUGAGCCCCCACGGAAGACCAUGCGCCGUGGGGUGCUGAUGACGCUGCUGCAGCAGUCAGCCAUGACCUUGCCCCUGUGGAUCGGGAAGCCUGGUGACAAACCUCCGCCACUUUGUGGGGCCAUUCCAGCCUCUGGGGACUACGUGGCCAAACCUGGGGACAAAGUAGCUGCCAGGGUCAAGGCUGUGGAUGGGGACGAGCAGUGGAUCCUAGCCGAAGUGGUCAGUUACAGCCAUGCGACCAACAAGUAUGAGGUAGACGACAUUGAUGAAGAAGGCAAAGAGAGACACACCCUCAGCCGGAGGCGCAUCAUCCCCCUGCCCCAGUGGAAGGCCAAUCCCGAGACAGAUCCCGAGGCCUUAUUCCAGAAGGAGCAGCUCGUACUGGCCCUCUACCCCCAGACCACCUGUUUCUACCGAGCCCUGAUCCACACACCCCCACAGAGGCCCCAGGAUGAUUAUUCAGUCCUGUUUGAAGACACCUCGUACGCAGAUGGCUACUCGCCUCCCCUCAACGUGGCCCAGAGAUAUGUGGUGGCUUGUAAGGAGCCCAAGAAAAAGUGAAGCAAACUUGAACCUCCCAGCUCUUCUGCCCUGGGGGCCUGCCAAGAGGGGAGAGAGCGUGACUGAAUAAAUCCUCUUCUA